UGGCCAUUAUGUCACGAUUGUUUGCUACGUUUCAUGCCACCAUGACCGCUGCAACGACCUCAAACGGUUCUGAGACGUUGACUGUUUUGAUAGAAGCAUAAGUAUGUAGCUUUCUGAGGUUGGGGAAUGAACCACAACUUGUACACUAUGCAGCCUGUCUCUCUCCUCUUUCUCUCAGCUAUUGGUAUUACGCUGGCCGUGCCAACAGACACAUCGGCGGAUGCGCAACUUGAGAAGCGAGCAAAUCCUGCUGCAGGUCUCGCAGGCCUCAACGUCAACGCCAUUCCUGGCGUCAGCGAAGUCACCGGUCUCGUGGGCGGCGUGACAAACUUUGCUGGUGGCGUGGCCAGUGGCAACGGCCUUGGGCCUGCAUCACAAGUUGGAAACCCCCUUGGUUUACUGAGCGGCUUGACAGGGGGUGCACCUGGCCCUGGCCCUGGAGGACGCAUUGCAGCAGCUCGUCCGGGAAACCGCCAGAAUGCUGAUGGUAAUCGACAAGGCGCGGCAGCUGGUCUCCGAGCAGCAGCCAAUGGUCGUCAGCAACGGACUAAUCGCCAGAAUAACGCUGCUGCUGGUACUCCCCCAGCUAAAGCCACUGGCGCUCGUCCUGCAGCAACAGGCGGUAACAGGGCCAACAAUGCAGAAAAGAAGGAAGGAGCAGAGAAGAAAGCAGCUGGAACAAAGCCGGCUGGAGACUUUUCAGAGCCACCUCCAGGCCCAGCCGUCAAGGCCAAGGAAGAUGCGCCAGCUGCUGCUCCUCCGUCUUCUGCUCCACCUCAGCAGCAACUAGCGCCAGAGACUUCUGCGGCAGCUCCAGCAUCUCCGCCAGCUACUGUGGUUCCAGGAGAGCCUGUAGCCCAGGCCGCCGUAGCAGCGCCCGCGGCAGGAUUGAAGGCAGCAACAGUUUAGAUUGCCAGCUC